CAGCUCCCCAUUGAGCCGCCUGCGGCUGUUGCGAGAGGGCUGCAAGGGGGGAAGCUCCUCGAGCCUCUGCUGUUCACACUGCGGCUGCUGCUAAGCCAGCGGCUGGCCUCGAAGGGCCACCAGCUUCUUCCCAGCUCCCCUGGACUCCGGGCACAGCAGAUCCAGGCAGCCAGGAAUGUAAUCCACAAUGCUAGUUCUCAGGGUGCUCAAUGUUGUUGCUCCAGCCUACUUCCUAUGCAUCUCCUUAGUGACCUUCGUCCUCCAGCUCUUUCUCUUCAUCCCCAGCAUGUUCAAAGACCCUUCCACCACCCCACUUUUCUCUCCUGCUCUGCUGCAUGGGGCCCUCUUCCUCUUCCUCUCAGCUAAUGCCCUAGGGAACUACAUCCUUGUGAUACAGAACUCCCCUGAGGACCUGGGCAAGUGCCUGAACUCGGGCAGAGGAGCCGAAGUGGUGGCGGACCAGCCGGACGGAAGCAGGUCCCCUUGCUCAGCCUUGCCCAGCACCCACUUCUGUAGACUGUGUGCCAGAGUCACCCAAAGGCAUGACCACCACUGUUUCUUCACAGGGAACUGCAUUGGGAGCAGGAACAUGCGGAACUUCGUCAUGUUCUGCCUCUACACCUCCUUGGCUUGUCUCGACUCCCUGGUGGCAGGGGUGGCUUACAUUUCUGCAGUGCUCUCUAUGUCCUUUGCAAACCCACUGGCCUUCCUCACCCUCCUGCCUCAUUCCAUCAGCCAGUUCUUCUCAGGAGCUCUCCUUAGCUCUGAAAUGUUUGUCAUUCUCAUGCUGUACCUCUGGCUUGGAAUUGGACUUGCCUGUGCUGGCUUCUGUUCCCACCAGAUACUGUUGAUUUUACGAGGGCAAACUCGCUACCAGGUGCGGAAGGGGAUGGUGGUAAGAGCCCGGCCCUGGAGGAAGAACCUGCAGGAUGUCUUUGGGAAGAGGUGGCUAAUAGGACUUCUCAUUCCUAUGCUAAAUGUGGGAAGUGACUAUCACAGGCAUAAAGACAAGUAACUGUCCACAACACACACACACAGAUAUACCCCUACUUUCUCAUACUCUGCUACAACAUGGCAAAGUUGGGAUAGUCCCCCUCUCAGUAGUGCAGACUCUGUGGGGGAGGGAUUGGCUAGCAAACUGAACAGACAUAAGAGAUUGUCUUUCUGUUCUGUGCUUGUACAGUGCCUAGCACAAUGGGGUCCGCAUCCAUGACUAGGGCUCCUAGCUGCUAUGUUAAUAUAAAUAAUAAAUAUUAAUAAGGAGAUCACAAACCAUGUAGAUGAAGAGAUACUGCCGCUUUGUAGACACAUCACUGCACCUGUGUACAAGGCAACAGUCUCUGUACUAUUAGAAAAAGAAUAUUCAAAUCCUCCUUUAGGCGCCUUUCUCACUCUUUUAUCUCCCCUCUGUCUCUUGCUCUCUCUCUCUUAUUUAAUCUAUGCCUUCUCCCACAACUGGCAGCAGGAUCCUUCUCCAACUAGCUGAUAGCCUAUGCUAUCAUGACUAGAUUGUAAGCAAAGUAUAUGUUCCUGGGUGGGGGUUCCAAGUUGGAGCUUUAUGAAGCAUAAAGUGACCUGAGACAGAAAGAAGCAUUUAACAAUAAAACUGUAGUGCAGCCAAACCCUCUAGGAAGAGGCUGCUAGGAAGGCAGAGAGAGUCUAGUCUCCAUAAACUAGAAAUUAGGGAUGGAAAGGACUUAUUAGGUCUCUUGAUCUCCAAUUAUUCUUGAUCUCUUCCCUUCGUAGGUGCAUGAAGGGAUAGCAGCUAAUAGACUGACCACGAGGCCUGUCAGGAUUGCAGCUCUAUUGGCUGCUUCUCAGAGUAUUUCUUCUUCAACUCCCCACCCCCAACCCUUGCCUUAUGACACAGUCCAUGGCACAAUUGUCUAUCUGGCUCCAAGGACCAGCAAGCAGAUCUAAUAAUGGACCUUGGAUCAAAUAAGGCAGAGAUACAAGGAAAGAAAACUGUGAGCAUGAAUGGAAAAGAUGCAUUUGAGAGUUGGGCUGUGUGUGACAGCGGUAGGCUGGGGGUGACUUGUGUGAGUGAGUGACAGAAAGUGCAAGCACACAGACUGGCCUGGCAGGAUAGUGUAAGUGGCAGCACUUAAAUGUACAUCCUGAUAUAGCACACAGUCAAAGAUGGUUCUUCCAUGUUGAGUGGUGGUCAGAGUUCAGACCUCACUGGAAGACAAUGGGGUUCUCCAAAGACACUUUGCUAUAAUUUUGUAGUAGUAUUAAAAAUUAACAAAAUUAUUACCUCAAACAUUGCUGCCAUACCUUUAUCAUAGACUCUUCAGAGGUUCUCAAACUGGGUGGGGGGAGCAUGAGAAGCUUUAGGGAAAAAAUUACUGCACAUAUUCAGAGCUGGGUGGCCAGAGUGUGGUGGCCAUACCAUAUCAUGCCAUCCUUACUUCUGCACAACUG